AGUCCAGGGAGGAGGGGGAAGAGGACGAGGGGGAGGCGAGCGGUCGUUCGGGGUUAGAUUGGGGGGUGUCGGUCCGUUCAGGGCGGGUGAUGACUCACGGCCCAUCCCAUCUUCCCGACGCCGCCCGCCCGCGCAGAGCUAGCUCCAUGGCUUAACGGAGGAGGCAGUGGCGAGCGGGGGGAGGGGGACUCUUAUUUUGUUAGGGGGACCGGGCCAAGGCCCGACCGGCCUGGCAGGGCUCGCCCGGGGCCGGGCGUCAUGUCUCAUGCAGCCGAGUCAGCUCGGGACGGCGUAGAGGCCAGCGCGGAGGGCCCUCGAGCCGUGUUCGUGCUUUUGGAAGAGCGCAGGCCAACCGACUCGGCCCAGCUGCUCAGCUUCAAUUCUUUGCUUCCGGAAUCCGGGAUUGUUGCUGACAUCGAAUUAGAAAACAUCCUUGACCCAGACAGCUUCUACGAGCUCAAAAGCCAACCCCUACCCCUCCGCUCCAGCCUCCCAAUAUCACUGCAGGCCACAGCAACCACCCCAGCUACACUGUCUGCAUCGUCUUCUGCAGGGGGCUCCAGGACCCCUGCCAUGUCAUCAUCAUCUUCAUCUCGGGUCUUGCUGCGUCAGCAGCUGAUGCGGGCCCAGGCCCAGGAGCAGGAGAGGCGUGAGCGGCGGGAGCAGGCAGCAGCUGCUCCCUUCCCCAAUCCUGCACCUGCCUCCCCAGCCAUCUCUGUGAUUGGUGUGUCCGCUGGUGGCCAUACAUUGGGUCGUCCACCCCCUGCUCAGGUGCCCAGAGAGGUGCUCAAGGUUCAGACCCACCUGGAGAACCCCACCCGCUACCAUCUGCAGCAAGCUCGCCGGCAGCAGGUGAAACAGUACUUGUCUACCACACUUGGGCCCAAGCUGGCUUCCCAGGCCCUCACCCCACCACCAGGGCCUACCAGUGCCCAGCCGCUUCCUGCCCCUGAAACUGCCCAUGCCACUGGCCCUACAGGCAGUGCUCCUAACAGCCCCAUGGCACUGCUCACCAUUGGAUCCAGCUCAGAGAAGGAGAUUGAUGAUGUCAUUGAUGAGAUCAUCAGCCUAGAGUCCAGUUACAACGAUGAGAUGCUCAGCUAUCUUCCCGGAGGCACUGCAGGGCUGCAGCUCCCCAGCACGCUGCCUGUGUCAGGGAAUCUGCUUGAUGUGUACAGCAGCCAAGGAGUGGCCACGCCGGCCAUCACUGUCAGCAACUCUUGUCCAGCCGAGCUGCCUAAUAUCAAACGGGAGAUCUCUGAAACCGAGGCAAAGGCCCUUUUGAAGGAGCGACAGAAGAAAGACAAUCACAACCUAAUUGAACGACGCAGGCGAUUCAACAUUAACGAUAGGAUCAAAGAGCUGGGCACCCUCAUCCCCAAGUCCAAUGAUCCGGAGAUGCGCUGGAAUAAGGGCACCAUCCUAAAGGCAUCUGUGGACUACAUCCGCAAAUUACAGAAGGAACAGCAGCGCUCCAAAGACCUGGAGAGCCGGCAGCGAUCCUUGGAGCAAGCCAACCGAAGCUUGCAGCUUCGCAUUCAGGAGCUAGAACUGCAGGCCCAGAUCCAUGGUCUGCCAGUGCCUCCGACCCCAGGACUGCUCUCCCUAGCCACUAGCUCCGUCUCCGACAGCCUCAAGGUAGAGCAGCUGGAUGUUGAGGAGGAGAGCAGACCGAGCGCGACCACAUUUCAUGUGUCAGGGGGACCUGUCCAGAGUGCGCCUCAGCAGCAGCCUCCAGCACCACCCUCAGAUGCCCUUCUGGACCUGCACUUUCCCGGCGACCACUUGGGGGACCUGGGAGACCCCUUCCACCUAGGGCUAGAGGACAUUCUGAUGGAGGAGGAGGGGGUCGUGGGAGGAUUGUCAGGGGGUGCCCUGUCCCCACUGCGUGCUGCCUCUGACCCCCUACUUUCUUCAGUAUCCCCGGCUGUGUCCAAGGCCAGCAGCCGUCGCAGCAGCUUCAGCAUGGAGGAGGAGUCCUGAUGAGGCCUCACUCCUCCCCUUGGACUUCCCCACCCAAGGAAGGAGGACAAGCCUGGAUGAGACCCUUUCCCCUACCCUCCUGUGAGACUGCCCGGUCCAGGAAAUCUUGGGGAAGAGGAGUUGCAAUCAGGCCCCACCCCUGUAAUAGGCAAGGAGGAGGAAUCAGGUGAGGCCCUGCCCCUUUUCCAAAGGAACCACCCUGCACAGGUAUUUUUGAGGGAGGUGGCAGGAGAGCACUGCGAAAGAUCAGUUCAUCUGAGGAUCACAGCCAUUCCCCGGCCCUACUCCUGCCAGGAUAAGGUUGUGCCCCUGGCCACUAGGGACCCUUAUAAACAGGUCUCCCAAGGAAAGGAGAUGCCAGGAUCCUACUCCAUUCCUUCUCUGGGGAUUGCCAGGCCAGCUUUUCCUGGUACUGGAGGAAGAAAAAUAAAAAUGAUGGUGUCCCACCCCUAGAGGGUUCAACCUUAUCUCUUCCUUUUGCCCCCUGCCCUGCUCUGGGAAGGAACCAAAGUAAGGGUAUGUUCCAGCCUGUUCCCCUGACAGGCGCCCCUUUUCUGUAGGAAAGGCCCACAGCACAGGUAUUUCAGGUAUGGAGAAUUUCCCUGUACAGGCCCCAGCCUCAGCCCUGACCCUUAGCACCAUCCCAUGCAAGCAUUCCAUUCAGCAGGGAGGAAUGGUUCCUAAACUCCCUGCCUUAACCUAGGACCAACCUGGGACCUGACCUAUGACAGCUCUGUGCCGACCUUGUUCUUGGGGAGGGAACAGAUUUUAAAUCUUGUGGUUUUGACUUUCUAGACCUAGAUUAAGAGUGAGAUUUAGAUCCUCACCCCUCGGGGAGAUCUUGCCUUUUCUGCCUUAAGGGACUUUGGGGAAAUGAUAGAAAUUAGUGUGAACCCAGUCUAGGCACCUCAAAAUACUACCCUAAUACUACUUCUCUCCAACUUACAGAAAAUGGUAAAGAAAGGGCAUGUCCAGACUGUUUCCUAGCCCAGGGAAAAAGUCUCCCCCAAAAAGCAGAGGCCUGGAGGAAGGGUAGCAAAAGUAUAUUGUACCCCUCAUUUGUUUAUGGGAUUUUUUUUUUUUUUUUGGUUUUAUGAGACAGGGUUUCUCUAUGGUUUUGGAGCCUGUCCUGGAACUAGCUCUUGUAGACCAGGCUGGUCUCGAACUCACAGAGAUCCGCCUGCCUCUGCCUCCCGAGUGCUGGGAUUAAAGGCAUGCGCCACCACCGCCCGGCUAUGGGAUUUUUUUUUAUUGAGCCCUCCUAUUCAGAAGCCGGGUCAGCCCUGACCUCUGUCCCUCCCACACAGUUUUCCCUUUGGGGACUACCCCAGUUUCAGAGCCAGUCCCCACUUAGCCCCAUCCCUGCCACCUGCACCCCAGGUCUUCAGCUUUAAAUUGCUGGGGCCGGGCCCCAAGGAGGGUUUACUGAGGGGUCUGUAGGUUUGUGACAUAUAAUAAAUAAUGUCUAGGCGUGUUUGAUGCGCUUUUAACUUUG